UCUUGUUGCUAGCCGCUCCCAUACCCUUGCUCAGCACCUUACUCAUCCCCGUAGGGCUACAUGCUCGCCGGCACCACUGGCUCCUCGCGCUAGAACCGUCUUCACUGCCUGUCACCUCCUCAGACGGGUUGAUGUGGAGAACUGCAGUCAUCAUUGGUGUGACCAGUGCCCUUUGGGCAGCUGGGAAGCAAGGGCUUUCCAUAGGGAGCAUCAUGCUACCAAGACUCGGUUGUCUACAACUGGCGCUUGUGGCUGCCAGUAUCUACAUAACCACUGGUGGCUACUACACCCUCUGGCUUGCCUACAAGACUCUCCCCAGAGACUUAGUUGGUGGAAUCAGGUUUGUUAAAGUGCAGUUAACACUUAAAUGGGCUCUUUACCGCAACACCACUGUCCCAAAGCUCUUCAUGAAGAAUGUGAGGAAGAAUCCCAAUAAAGUUGCACUUAUAUUUGAAGGUCAGACAUGGACAUUUGCUCAGAUGGAUGAGUACAGCAACCGUGUUGGUAAUUUCAUGGUGGAGCAAGGCUACAAACACGGGGACACUGUGGCAUUGUUUAUGCACAAUCGGCCAGAAUAUGUAUGCAUAUGGUUGGGGUGUGCAAAGGUGGGAGUUGUUCCAGCUCUGAUCAAUUUUAACUUGCGACAGUUGCCCUUAAUCCAUUCAAUUAAAGUCGCUGAUUCAAAGGCCAUUAUUUGUGGCGAGGAUUUACAAGAUGCAACUGACGCCAUCAGAGAGGAGGUAAACUUGCCAGUGUAUGUGUCGGGUUGUGGUACUGCAGCACCCUCCUUGGAAGGGGCAAAGAAUUUAGAUUCUCUGUUAUGUGCCUCAAACCCUACCCCGCCACCUCAAAUAGACUCGGUGUCUGCCAAGGACAAACUUAUUUACAUCUAUACAUCUGGAACAACAGGAAUGCCCAAGGCUGCUAUCAUCAAACAUUAUAGGUAUCUGUUCUUUUGUACUGGUGUUCACUAUAUGAUUGCCCUGGGAGAAGAUGAAGUUAUAUAUAACCCACUUCCCCUCUAUCAUUCAGCUGGUGGUAUGGUUGGCAUGGGCCAGGUGUUGAUCUAUAACAAUACUGCAGUGAUACGUCGCAAGUUCUCCGCCUCACAAUACUGGGUUGAAUCCAAGAAAUAUGGCUGCACUGUUGCCCAAUAUGUGGGAGAGAUCUGCCGUUACCUCCUUAACACCCCAGAAAAGCCUGAGGACACGCAGCAUAAGGUCAGAGUUAUGUUUGGUAAUGGUGUGAGAGCUCAGAUCUGGAACCAGUUUACUUCUCGUUUCAAUAUGCCUUGUAUUGCCGAGUUUUAUGGAGCUACUGAGAGCAUUUCCAAUAUUAUGAACAUUGAGGGUAAGCCAGGCUCGUGUGGCUUUGUGUCGGUGUUGUUCCGUCACGCCUUCCCUGCCUACUUGAUCAAGAUUGAUGAGGAAACUGGUGAACCUAUCAGAAAUAAGAAUGGAACCUGUGUUUUAUGCAAACCUGGAGAAGCAGGGGAAUUUGUGGGCAUAAUCAAAAGAAAUCACCCUAUGCGCGACUUUCAUGGUUAUGCUGACAGGAACGCUACCGAGAAAAAGAUUGCCAGGGAUAUAUUGAAGAAAGGCGAUACAGCUUUCAGAUCUGGUGACAUUCUGAUCAUGGAUGAACUAGGCUACAUGUACUUUAAAGACCGAACGGGGGAUACCUUUCGCUGGCGUGGUGAAAAUGUUUCAUCAACGGAGGUUGAGGGAGUUGUCUCCAAAGUGGCUGGGAACAAAGAUGCUGUUGUGUAUGGAGUAGAGGUCCCGGGAGCUGAAGGCCGAGCUGGAAUGGCAGCGAUUGUUGACCCUGAGGACGAGCUUGACCUACACAGCUUCACACUGAGUUUGAAGGAUGUCUUGCCUUCCUAUGCAUGUCCACUCUUCCUAAGAAUACUGAAGGACAUUGAUGUUACAGGUACUUUCAAACUAAAGAAGUUGACACUGCAGAAGGAAGGCUUUAACCCAUCCCUCAUCGAAGAUAAACUCUAUUUCUUUGAUAGUAAACUCCAGAGGUAUGUGGUUCUUACCGCUGAACUAUUCAACAAGAUUGACCAAGGACAAGCUGGGCUAUAAGAGUAUUUGGAGGAAUGUUGCAUAUCAUCUCUGAAAGUGGAUAUAUUUAAGUAUGAUUUGAAUUUUAGUGUAUUAACUUGCUAGACUUUUGGGAAGGUUUAUGCCAACUAUUUUUUUCAUUGGGCCAAUUUUUUUUUUUUUUUUUUUUUUCCCAAUUUAAUGCUUACCCAAAUUUAAGGUUUGUAAAUUUUUUGGCCUAUUGGAUGUUAAUGAUACUGUAAACCUACUUUUGUUAUAUACGUCAUUAAGGAAAAUUCUAGGUUAGAAAUGUUUAAGUAAAACCAAAUUGCAAAUUGUCAGGGAGACAUAAUUUUUAAGUACUGUAAUUGCAAACAUAUUUUACAAUAUCCAAAGUGCCUUAAAAUGCAAUACUCAUUUACAAUAAUUCUGUAUGUAAAAGCUCAGUACAGUACCUGAUACAUUUUUUAAGACAUUUCAAGGAACUCUUUCCCCCUUCCCUCUUCCCUCUUCCCCUCUAAAAAAGAAAAGGUACGGGUUUUGGUUUGAUUAUACAUACUUUGUAUUGUAAAUUGAAGUAAUUCACCAUAUAUGGCACGUGAAGUUAUCUAUUGCAGUUGAAACAUGUCAAAACGCUACAUUAGUGUAACAAUCCUGGAUUGUGCACGGUUGUAUAUUUACUGUGCAUGUGUAAGGAAGGUUAUUGAGGUCUCGUACAACUUUAUGUAUAAUAUUUUCCCCAAAGAAAUAGGAUAUUACAGGUAGAUGUACUGUAUUUGAAUUGUUCUAUAGUAGAGCUGUUUCUUGGCUUAAUCUUUUUUUUUUUUUUUUUUUUUUUUUUUUUUUUCUUCUUCUUUAAAAGCUGUUAGUGCAGAGGAAAUCACGAUAACGUAGCUGAAAAAUGUUGACCAAACCACGCACUAGAAAUGAUGUAAUGACAACGUUUCGGUCUGUCCUGGCCCAUCAUAAAGUCGAUUGCGAUGAGACGAAGGAGGCAAGGGCAAUAAAUGGGCGAGAGAGAGUGAGAGAGGCGAGAUGAAAAUCUUAGAGAAAGAUAAUAGCAAGGCAAAAGGUACGGAAGGUAAGGUGUAAUAGAGCAUGUAAUAAUGGUAGUUUUCUCUUGUGAUCCCUUUCUUAUUCCUAUUAUUCCUUCCAUACCUUUUGCCUUGCUAUUAUCUUCCUCUAAGAUGUUCAUCUCCACACCUCUCUCUUGCCUAUUUAUUGCCCUUGCCUCCUUCGUCUCAUCAUAAUUGUCUUGAUGAUGGUCCAGGAUGGACCGAAAUGUCGUCGUCUCUUCAUUUCUAGUGUGUACUUUGGUCAACUGUUAACAAGUAUUGGAGGUAAUUUUUUAAAACGAAUUUAUAUAUAAUUUUUUUUUUAUCUCCCCCUUGGUGAAGUGGUAAUGGGCAAGAGGGUGGAAGGUCUCAGACAAGGAAUUAUAAUGGACUUUCCAUUAUGUUCUAUUAUAAUUCCAUUAUAUAACUAUAAUUCCCCAGACAAGGAAAUAUGUAAAGCUUAAGUAUGUCAAUUGUAUGUGCACGACAAAGACAGGGUCGUGCACUAGACCAAAAGUGGGGAUCCUUUUUCAUCAUAUGAAAAGCAUAUUUUACUCGGAGAAGAUGCCAUAAGGCCACACAUUGUAUUAUGCACUGUAUACUUUAAAAUAUAUCACAAAACUUACAGGUCAAGUUUCAUUAAUUUAAAUUGCUUUUGAAAGCCACACCAAGUACUGUACCAUAAAAGGCCUCGGCUCCCCACCCCUGUACUAGACCGUUGCAUCUUGUACUGUGUGAAGUCGAGUCAUUUAGAAAUAAACCUAAACAUCUGUUUGAAACAGUAAAUAAUGUGAUUGCUAAUAAUAAAAUCGGCUGAAAUUCAGCGAUGUAUACAAACAUUACUUCUAGUAGACAAGGGGAAAUAGUACAGUAUGUGGUGAAAGUAUAAGCUGUGUCGCCUAAAAUCAUAAAAAGCAGCACUUCUGUUACCCUGUAAUAUCCAGUGUUGAAAAAUUGUCAUUUACAAAAUUACUUGACCUCCACUGUGUAAUGGUUCACACAGUCAUGUACUGGAAACAUGUUAACCUUAUUGGGGUCCCCCUAGGCCAACUACUGACGACCUUCACCAAUAUGCAACCCACAACAGUUGCCCUAACUCCCAGACACCCAUUUAUUGCAAAGUGAAUAGAUGGAUCAGUUGAAAGGAAACGCUCAACCAUAUCAGUCCUGCUCAGGGCUCGUGCCUUUGAUCCUCGGUUGUGAGCCGAGGAUGUAAACAAGUAGUUUUCUGUUAACAGGUAUCAUUGUAAUUAAAUUCUGUACUUCAAAAUCAUUUUAUCUCGUCUUAAUCAGAUAUCCUUCUCGUGCAUUGAUCUAAGUAAGCCAAGUUACAUUGCAUAUAUAUUUUUUCUUCAAGUAGGCCUUUGAUGCAGAAUGUAUCGUAACAAUCAUGCAAAAAAAAGUGCCUUCUUAUCUCAAGGUAUAUAAUUUUUGUAGAUUACAUGGGCAAAUUUUUGUAUGGGAAAGUUUAAAUAUAUUUUAUUAAAAUGGUAUAGUACCUAUUUUGUUACUUGUAGGAUGUCCUAAUUUUCAGGAUGAUUGGAUGUCAAGCUUUCCUAAUGUCCCUUGAUAAAGUCCUUGAUAAAUCUGAUAUAUUUUAUAUGGCUCGCCUUACAUCCUGUUGUUCUCGUAUUGGCAUCUUGAGUGAUAUUUAGUGCCUUUUGAAGAUCCAGCAACAGACAGUGCUACAGUGUCUACCUGGCAUUGUAACUUGGAUCUUGCAGGAAUUUCUUGAUCUGGAUUUCUUUCUUUUGCGCUAGGCACUAACCAGAUUGGAGUCCCUUCCAUUGCAUCAGAUUUUCCAUUUGAACUAGAAUCCACUGUAUUUUUGUGAUGCAAUUGUUUGUUACUUUUAUGGCAGGAACUUGAACUUUUCUUUAAACCUUGUACUACUAGUGAAGGACAUGUUACUAUGAAUACUGAUGAUUUGUUCAGUAAAGAGUUUUUUCAGGUUUGUUUGAAGACAUAUUAAACCAAACAGUUUACAUACCCCAUUCUAGCUAGAAAGGUGGUUAUUCCCUCACAGAUGUCAUUAAUGUACCCAUUACUCAGCAACCCCAACCCCUUGUACAGUAUACAUUUACAGUGCCAUUAAUGUGUACUCCCAUUUGAUUGGGACACGAUCCUUACGAAAUCACACACAAUUUCGAUGCAUUUCAGAAUAUUGUUUUUCUUGAAGCAAUGUCUACAUACUACAGUACAAUAAUAUAAAUCGUUAAUACAGCAAAUCAUGUAAAUGUACAACAAUACUCUAAAAUGUUAUUGAGGUGUCUUAUUACUAUAAUAAUAUACUAUCAUAUUACAGCCAUAUUUUGGAUAUUACCGUAAUGGGGUAUUAUAAUGUUAAUUCUAUAUAUAUUUGGUAUUUUAUCUUGUAUGGAGUAGACAUUUUUGGAAUAUACAAAUUCAUGUUAGCACUUUCUAUUAUAUUUCUUAUGUGCACGUGUAUCAUACUUGUAUCAAAUUUGUCAUGACAUUUCCACUUUUCAUAGUAAGAUAUUUACCCAAAGAAGAUAAGAGAGUAGGAUAGGAACAAGAAGGGUACUAAUAUUUAAAAUAUUACCUAUUUGCCAUGCCUUCAAAACACUGACAUCCAGCAUCACCACACACUCCAGGAUAUCAUUGAUAGUAAAACAUUCCAGGAUAUCAUCCCUAGUAAAACACUCCAGCUCCACAAUACCUAGCAAAUCGUGUAAAGCGCUUAGACGUAUCUAUACAAACACUCAAUUCCUCCUAAACUGUUUUUACGUUGCUUAAUCACUGAACACUUUUUAUGCUUUUUUUUUUUUUUAAGCUCGAGCAUUUUGGCAUUUGUGUAAGUGUAGAGGCAUAUUGCCACUCAUUUAUGUAAUGCUGCUAGCCACAUCUUUCUCCGUUUUCUUUUUCUCGUGACCACAGCUUUAAUAACUGCCACCUAGAUUUCUUUUAUUGCCUGUUAUGCUUCCCAUAUAUUUAAAAUGGUUUAAGUGCUUAUAGCUCUUCCACUCCCAUUUCACAAUGUCUCAUUAUUGCUCUUGUCCACAAUAAGUCAUCUUGUUAUCUGUUGAAAGAAAUGCAUUAUCAGAUUUGAUAUAUGAUAUCGAUUUUACUCUUGUGAAUAUAUAGUUGAUAUACUUCUCAAAUUUCUCACCUGGUGCCACACAUCCAUAUAGGUACAUUAUAUGAAUUAACCUAUUUUGCUGCAGUACCAUUUUCAAGCCCUUUGUUUCCAUGAGGAUAGAAAUCAGGCCCGAAUAUGUAACUUUGUUUUGUCCUUCCUAAUGCCAUUCUAAUAAGAAAAAACUUGCUUUCUUUCUUGCUAUGCAUUUUAAAUGCUAGACCAAAAUUCACAGCAAAUCAAACAAAUGUCUUGUGUAACAGAAAACUUGGUUCAAGAAACUUGGGACCAGAGCACACAUGUUCCCUUGAUAUACAUCAUCAUACACACUUGAAAAACAUCAUUGCCAAAUGAUUUGUAAUACUUGUUUUUUUUUUUUUUUUUUUUUUUUUCACACACACACA